AUGAUCAUACCAGGAAAGACAGCAGUUGCCAGAGGCAUCAUCAGAGGCCUUCGCGACCGAACCGUACAGUCACAGCCAUGCGGCGUCGACCUGUCUCUGCGACACGUCUUGCGAUGGACUUCUCCCGCGACCAUCGACUUGAGCAAUACGUUUCGCGCAGCCUCGGCCACCGAGAGAAUCCCGUUUGCCGACGAUCUGAACAAGGUGCAUCUCAGCAGCGGUAGCUACCUCGUCGAGUUCAACGAACAAGUCGACAUUCCGCUCGACAUCAUGGGUCAGGUCUGUGUUCGGAGCUCCCUGUGGAGGUCGGGGGUCUUGCUGCGUGCUGGCGUGAUGGACAGUGGCUAUCGAGGUGCGGUCGGCGCGAUGCUGCAGGUCGCCAGUCCUCAUGGCAUUACGCUGUACGGGAACGCGAGGCUGGCGCAGAUGGUGUUUCAUCAGAUGAGCGAGAGUGUUGAUGGAUAUGAUGGCGCCUACCAGAACGCGUCGAAGUUGUAA